CUUUCUCUCUUCCUUUUCCUGGCCCUCCUUUUGUGCUUUUGUUAUAUUCUUCCUCUUUUCUUCUUUUGCUUGUGCUCUCUCAACUUUGAUGGGCUAACAUUGGGAAUUGGAGGCUGCACGAGUGCCUUCAGUCUCUUCGCUGUUUGUCACCCAAGCGGACAAACAUAAAUACAUAGUCUUACCACUGACCAUUGUGGGGAGCAUAGAACAGAAAAGGAUGGAGGGGAGAGGGAGUAGUUUUGUGAAGAAUGGGGAGCUGAGAUUGCCUCCAGGAUUCCGGUUUCACCCGACGGAUGAAGAGCUGGUGGUUCAAUACUUAAAGCGCAAGGUCUUCUCCUGCCCGUUGCCGGCCUCUUUCAUUCCUGAGGUUGAUAUUUGCAAGUCCGAUCCAUGGGAUUUACCAGGUGAUUUGGAGCAAGAGAGGUACUUCUUCAGCACGAGGGAGGCCAAAUACCCCAACGGGAACCGAUCCAACAGAGCCACCAACUCGGGCUACUGGAAAGCCACGGGCUUGGACAAACACAUCGCAACUUCAAAAGGCCACCAACUUAUUGGCAUGAAGAAGACUCUCGUCUUUUACAGAGGCAAGCCUCCUUAUGGAUCAAGAACAGAUUGGAUCAUGCACGAGUAUCGCCUUGUCUCCCACCCCCACCUGCUUCCCAUGCAAAAUUGGGUUCUCUGUCGCAUAUUCUUCAAGAGGAGAGCACCUGCUACUGCUAAGAAUGUUCUACUGGAUCACAAUUCCCAUUCGGCAUCAGCAUCAGAAGAGGCCUUCACCAUCAGCCAUGAGGGCAGCAACUCUAAGGUGGUUUUCUACGAUUUCUUGGCACAGAACAGGGCUGAUUUGAACCGCGUGACCCCUCCUGCUUCUUCGACCUCUGGCACCAGUGGAAUCACCACCGAAUCCGAUGAGCAUGAAGACAGCAGUAGCUGCAACAACUUUCCUUUUUUCAGAUGUAGCAAGCAUCAAUCCGGCAGGAAACCGACCGGCAUUAAAGAUAUUUUAAAUCUGAAUUUGAAGAGUAUCCCCUUCUACUCAUACUAGUAUGCAAUACAAUUCUAAACUCUUCCAUUUUUCCGUCUUUUUUUUUUUUCUAGUUGGUACUAGUAAUGCUCUCACCAUGCAUUUGUUCUUUCACCCUACGGAAUAAAAAGAAAAGAAAAGAAAA